CAUUAUAAAUCACUUGGGCCCUGCAUUUUUUGCAAUGUAAUAUUUUGACAUAUUGGUUGUUUAUUUUGUACACUGAAUUGCCUGUUAGUAUUAGUUUAUUGUUGUGCAUACCGUUUACCCCUACUUUGUCAAUUAUAGGUUGGUUUAAUGGUUUAUUAUUACAUUUUUCUGAUUAAUGAAUUGUCAAGAAGUGCUAAAAAGAUUCGUUGGAACAUCUGAGAAACCACCUACUCGGUGAAAGACUUUUGGGACUUGGUUGGUGAAAAGAAAAUGGCUUUAGCUACGUCAGGUUGGACAUUUAACAGGAAACAUUCCGAUCCCGAAAGGUGGAUUUGCAUAUAUCCAGCUUAUAUCAACAGCAGGAAAACUACAGCAGAAGGCCGAAGAAUCCCCAAAGACAAAGCUGUGAAUAAUCCUACUUAUCAGGAGAUCCGAGAUGUUCUUGUUGCGGCUGGGUUAAAAAUUGGGGUGGAACAUAAGAUGUAUUGUAGAGAGACAAGCAAGGAAAUUCAUUCAAGGGGUCGGAUUCGAGUUCAACUCAAAAAUGAAGACGGGUAUCUAGUAAAUGAGAAUUUCCCAACUAGACAGUCUGUGAUGCUACAUCUUGGAGCCAUGAUUCCCAUGCUCAAGAGCAGAGCAGGUAAACUGGGAAGUGGUGAUUCUACAUUAUAUAGUGGUAAGGAAAGAGUCAACAAGCAAGUAAGUAGCAGUUCCAUAGCAGCAAGUUCUCAAACAUCAAACAAGGAAAGCGGUGUUAGUGGAAACAAUAGGUCGAGGACCAAUAAGAAGAAAGGGAAACGACGCUGAAUCUAGAACUGUUUUGUAACUAGGAGAAAUGGAUAAACAAAGUUUUGUAUGACUCAUGGAA